UUGUUUGUUAUUUUCAUAAAAAUUGGGAUUGUUUAAGCGCAAUAAACAACUCUUGAUUUAAUGAAAAUAUGUAAUGUUCUUUUAUGUGAAUAGAUUACAAUUCUUAUGCUUGAGUAGUUCAAGGAGACCUGCAAAAUAUUUUCAUCAUUAGACGUUAAAGUUUAUUAAAGUGUAUCAAAUGUUCUUCAUGAAUACUUUGUGCAUGGGAGUUAGAAUGAAAGAAAGAUUCGCUCUUUUAUAAACUUUUUCAUCUUUUGGAAUCAUUGUUUGAGCGCUUGAGGUGAGUGGGGGUUCAAAGUAACCAAAAGGCCUUUGAAUCUUUGACUCCGGACCUUAUAGAGAGUUGACGAUCCUCUAUAUGUGGUCAAGGAUAUGAAUCAACUCGAGCCUUUGAAUUAUUUUCUAUUCUUAAGUGCGAAGUUCAAUCACACCACUCUCUCCCAGGAGGACACAAAGACAAUUCAUGCGAUGGUUCACAACGCCAAUCUCAAUUGUUGUAAAUUUGUGAUGACUCACAAGUUCACCGCCACCUCCGACGAUCGGCCGCUCCCCUACACCCUCCUCGUCAUGGCGAUUCUUGAAGAGUAUAACAUCAAAACCGAUGUUGGGCCAAAGAUAAAGGGAACAAAGCAUUGGGAGAUUGAUGAAUCCUCUUUCCACUCGGGCACUGACGAGACUCCGUUUCGACAGCCUCGUCCACGCCGCCAACCGAGAGCCACUGCCUCAACCGCCACCACUUCGACCAAUCCUUCUCUCGCCGAGCAAAUGGCAGCCUUGACCGCCACUCUCUCUCGGAUUGACACCAACGUCUCCAAAACGGCGCACAACGUCAAUACCUUGAGCCGUGAAUUUCACGGAUAUUUUGACUUUGUCAAUUACCCAUUGGUUGGGUCAUUCAUGAACUGGGUCAUGCUUGGUGGGAACGUGACCCUCGGUCCAGCAGAAGGGACAGGGAUCGUGAAUGGGCUGACCACACUGGGUGUUGGGAUUGAACUCAGACCCAACGGCAACACGGGAGCAGAAACAGCCGGUUGUGAUGCAACCAUGGGGAUGCUGACCCCCUCAGUGGUGGCUUGCACCUUAACGGCUUGAAGACACUUUGAGUGGUCUUUUUGUGGGUAGGUUUGUGUUUAGAUGAAAAGAAACCUUAACGGCCCCACGGGUGGCGCCAUAAAUGAUGGUGUAAAUU